AUGCACAAAUAUUCCAGUGACUCACCAAACAUCAAACGAGUAAAGGACUUACCAAAUAAAGUUAUUCUUAAACUCAUCAAACAAACAAAGGCCAAUGACCCAUCAAACAAACAGUUCACGAUGCGCGUGCGCGUGAGCGACGGCGCGAACGCCCCGGCGGAGACGGAGAUCACGAUCGCCGUGACGAACGUGAAUGACCUGCAGCCGGUGUUCGAGCGAGCCAACUACACCUUCACCGUCACCGAGAACGCCGACUGCAACGUCACCUUCGGGAAGGUGUCGGCCAUAGAUCCCGACUUGCCUCACACGGCCAACCAAAACAUCCUGUACUAUCUCUCGCCCGACGAACUCAGAAACUUCACCAUCGGAGCUACGACCGGGAACCUCACUAUCAAAGGCUGCCUAGACCGUGAAGCCGCCACACGAGGCACUGUGACCCUAUAUCCUCGAGCCAACGACGAGGGAGGUCGUGGUCACGACGCUGACCCCGCCACAGUGCAGAUGAUUAUUCUUGACCUCAACGACAACCAUCCACACAUUAAGAAGCCGGAGCCAGUUUACGCCAUGAUACAAAAAUAUGAUCCCAAUGACGUCGAGCCAAUAUUAUCAGGGACGACUUGA